AUGUCUCGUGGACAAGUCGCAUAUCAAAGACAAUUGGCAUUGGAUAAAGUACAAAACAUGAAAAGCAGUAUUUUGCGUUGUACAGUCUUGCUUUUAGUAUUACAUGUAGGAGCAACGGAUGCUGAAAAAUGUCAGAGUGGUCGAAUCGGUGCAUACAGCUACCCAGUGGAGCCAUUUUACCCCGUUACAGAGACAAUAAUAUUUGAUCCCCCAUUUAGUGAAACUCCCUCAGUAAUGUACGCUCUUAAUUUCAUUGAUGUAAACUAUGCCGAAAAUUUCCGUGUGAACAGUUCCCUUUUGUAUGUCGAUAAAUACCAAGCUCAGCUUCAAAUGUCGACGUGGCACGACACCAAACUCUACGGCAUUGGUCUAUCCUGGAUGGCUUGUCCCUAAAACGUGCGGGUGAUUAGACAUAUUACGUGUUUCCGGUUUAUUUUAUCUCAAAACUACAUCAGUUAUUUGAAUACGGGUGUGCAUACUGUUUAUUUUAUUAUU